AAUUUGUCAUCAAUAGAGUCAUCUAUUUUACAAUAUAAUGAGAUUAUUUGAUUUGUUGUUCAUUCGCUGGUUUCGUUCAUUUUGUGUGGUUGCAUCUACUGUUUUAAACAGCAAUUGCAUAAGAAUCGUCCAUAAAAUAUGAUAUUACAUGAAUAAUAUUAUGAUUUUGAUUGAAACUUUUAAGUAGUGCUUGAUGUUCUUGUGAAUGCAGUUUUGGACGUAAAACAUAGUGCGGGAUGGACGCGAGCGCGGGCGGCGACAUGGCGCGCGUGAAGCAGGAGCCCGAGUGGCUUGCUGGCCGUGUCAUUGUUAAGGAGGAAGCAGAAUUCAUUGAUGAAGAGGAGUGUGUGAAGGAGGAGUGCGUGGAUAGCACAAACGGGUGCGGCGUGAGCGAGGCCGCCAUGCUGGCCGGCCUGUACGCCGAGCACGAGGUCAAGGACGAGCUCGUGCUGGGGCCGGAGCACCCACACCGCCCCACAGUUGACCUGGUGGUGAGAGGGUCUGCUGGCUUCCUCUGUGUGUCGGAUCGGGGACGCUCAUGCGCGGUCAGGCUGGAGCGCCUGCUGCCGGACGCGGCGCGGCGCAGCUGCCGGGUCGGGCGCCGCACGUACAAGCUGCGCGCCGCCGAGCCCGCCGCCGCCGCCAGCUAUCAGUGCCACCAUUGCGGCGAACGGUUCACGAACAAGUCGGUUUUGAAGAAACACAUACGCGCUCACUUGUCGUUAGGACCGUCGCGUAAUUCGACCCGAGAGAACAUUUUUUUAGACCAGGAAAUGUCAUACAAGGAUAGAAAACUUUAUAAAUGUAGCACUUGUGAGUAUAUGAGUAGCAGGAAAUGGGAUUUACGGAAUCAUCAAUUGAUACACACCGGUGACAAACCUUAUCAAUGUAAGUACUGUGACCACAGGAGCCGUAAUAGAAAAACCAUACGAACUCACGAGAUGAUACACACUGGUGACAAACCCUUUCAAUGUAACUACUGUAAUUACAAGUCCAUAAGGAAAGAUCUUUUACGACAACACGAGAUUAAUCACACCGGGGAAAAGCCAUUUGACUGUAGUAACUGUGACUUCAAGUGCAAAAGCAAAGCGGUUCUACGACGUCAUCAAUUUGUACACUCUGAUGAAAAGCCUCUCCAGUGUAGUUAUUGCGAAUACAGGUGCAGACUGAAACGAGAUAUACGAAGACACGAGAGGACACACACUGGGGAAAAGUAUUUUGACUGUAGUAACUGUGACUACAAGAAUAAAAGCAAAGCAAGACUACGACGACAUGAAAUGAUACAUACGAGUGAAAAGCCUUUCCAGUGUAGUUAUUGCGAAUAUAAGUGCAAACAGAAACUAAAUUUACGAAGACACCAGAGGAUACACACUGGGGAAAAGCCUUUCCAGUGUAGUUAUUGCGAAUACAAGUGCAGUCUGAAACGAGAUUUACAAAGACACGAGACUACACACAUUGGGGGAAAGUCUUUUGAGUGCAGUAACUGUGGCUACAAGUGCAUAAGCAAAACAAUACUACGACGACAUGAAAUGAUACACACGGGUGAAAAACCUUUCCAGUGUAGUUAUUGCGAAUACAAGUGCAGACAGACACCAGAUUUACGAAGACACGAGAGCAUACACACUGGGGAAAAGCCUUUUCAAUGUAGUUAUUGCGAAUACAAGUGCAGACUGAAACGAGAUUUACGAAGACACGAGAAGACACACACUGGGGAAAAGUAUUUUGAGUGUAGUAACUGUGACUACAAGUGCAUAAGCAAGGCAAAACUACGACGACAUGAAAUGAUACACACGGGUGAAAAACCUUUCCAGUGUAGUUAUUGCGAAUACAAGUGCAGACAGAAACCAAUUUUACGAAGACACGAGAGCAUACACACUGGGAAUGUAGUUAUUGCGAAUACAAGUGCAGAGUGAAUCGAGAUUUACGAAGACACGUGAAGACACACUGGGGAAAACUCUUUUGAGUGUAGUAACUGUGGCUACAAUUGCAUAAGCAAAGCAACACUACGACGACAUGUAAUAAUACACACAGGUGAAAAACCUUUCCAGUGUUGUUAUUGCGAAUACAAGUGCAUACUGAACUGAGAUUUACAAAGACACCAGAGGAUACACACUGGGGAAAAGUCUUUUGAGUGUAGCAACUGUGGCUACAAUUGCAUAAGCAAAGCUACACUACGACGACAUGUAAUAAUACACACGGGUAAAAAACCUUUCCAGUGUAAUUAUUGCGAAUAC